AUGAAACGUCAAAGUAAUGAUGGUCCUUGUGCUUAUUUUGGCGGUACUAUCACAAUAUGUAAAAAUAAUACUCAUGGCGAUAUUCGUAUUUGUAAUAAUCAUGCUAAUGAUUGUGAGAAUGCUACUAUUAAUAUUUCUAAAACCAAUAAUAAUGAUAAUGCUGUUUGUCACAAUGAUCAAAUGAAUGGUACGAUUAGUAUUUAUGAUAGUCAUAUUGAUAAUUAUGCUAUGAAUGGUAGUAUUACGAUUUGUAUACUUGAAUUUAAUGGUACUAUUACUAUGUGUAAUAAUCAAUGUGAUGAUGCCACUAUUGAAGGUAUUCUGUUACCUGCUAAUGAUAAUAUUGAUUGCUACCCAGUUACUAUUGAAGGUGCUAUUUGUACACCUUCAAUAGUAGCUCGUAUUGUCAAGUAA